CUGCGGACGCGCGGGCGCCUCCACCUCGCUCCCUCCCUCUCUGCCGGCUUCCUUUUGUCUUUCCGCGAGGCGAUGAGCGCAGGGCCAACGCGGCGGCUGCGGGCGCACGGAGGCCCGCGCUCAUAGGCACCCCUUCCCCGGCCUCGGCGCGCCAGUCCCUCGCAGCGGCCCGUGCCCGCCCCCAGCGCCGGCGGCGCGGAACUUGGGCUCGGGGAGCUCGGCAGAUCGAGUCCUGCGACGGAGCAGGGCAUGGUCUAGCAGCCUGGGCCAGGACGUGGAAGCGGCCUCCGAGGUUCUGACCCCUGCUUUCUCUCCACCUCUGCUUGGCCUUUGGUGUCCCCGCGGCCGCCAUGGGCAAGCAAAACAGCAAGCUGCGACCGGAAGUGCUGCAGGACCUGCGGGAGAACACGGAGUUCACGGACCAUGAGCUGCAGGAGUGGUACAAGGGCUUCCUCAAGGACUGCCCCACCGGCCACCUGACCGUGGACGAGUUCAAGAAGAUCUAUGCCAACUUCUUCCCCUACGGCGACGCUUCCAAGUUCGCCGAGCACGUCUUCCGCACCUUUGACACCAAUGGCGACGGCACCAUCGACUUCAGGGAGUUCAUCAUCGCACUGAGCGUGACCUCGCGGGGCAAGCUGGAGCAGAAGCUCAAGUGGGCCUUCAGCAUGUAUGACCUCGACGGCAACGGCUACAUCAGCCGCAGCGAGAUGUUGGAGAUCGUGCAGGCAAUAUAUAAAAUGGUGUCCUCCGUGAUGAAGAUGCCAGAGGACGAGUCCACGCCGGAGAAACGCACAGACAAGAUCUUCAGGCAGAUGGAUACCAACAAUGACGGCAAACUGUCCCUGGAAGAAUUCAUCAAAGGUGCCAAGAGCGACCCAUCCAUCGUCCGGUUGUUACAGUGUGACCCCAGCAGUGCAAGUCAGUUCUAAGGGGUUGGUGUCUGAACAGUGCAGAGAAACACAGGCUUGUCUUGCCAUUUAAGCUUUGCUUGCAAAAGUGGAUGCCUCCUCAAUCAUUCCUGCUCUCCCGGGGCGGCCAGGCAACACGUCACUGCACCUGCCUGCCAGGCAGCUGUGCCCCACUCCUCACCUGGCCUCCUCCCACCCCCACCCCGCCCCGGUCCCUCCAGGACGACAUCCUGGGGAUGUGUUUACGUGCAGGGCUCAUGGUGUCCUCACUUUCGGGGCACCUCCCAGCCCACAGGGAGCCCUGAGGACACGCCAAGGAUACCAGUGGGACUUUCUGAGAUCGCGCCAAGGCCAGCCGAUUGAUCUGUGAUGGCAGGUGACUCUGUGGGAAAGAUGGGGACAAGAACAGAGGGAGAGGAGACGGGCAAGCCCUCCCCGUGCAUGGCUCCACCCAGCUCGUUUGUUUCCUCCGACCAGAACCACUUGCACGUAUAUAUACUGUGGUCUCCUUUUAAUAUAUAAAUUAUACGUACGGUGAUGUGAAAUGUAACGUGUAGGUUCCGUAUUUAAUGCCUUGAUUGCCUUUGAAGUGUGGUUCCCUCGUGGCCUGUGAUUCCCACCCCCCUGGCCCCCCCGAGCCUGGUUACUUUGUGGUAUUUAUGCCCUCAAUCUGCCCUUCUCCAAAGGACAUGCAUGCAUGCCCAGGGCUGUGGAACCCUCCUGUCCGCGUCAUGAACGCAGGUGUCUCUGUGAGGCUUGUCCUCCCUGUUGAUUGGUCUGGCAUUCCCUGUAUUAAA